UGCCUCUCUCGCAACGCCCCGAGCUCCCGAGCAGAUCCCCUUUCUCUUUCACGCAGCGAACGCCGAACUCAGCCACACCCACCCCACCCCACCCCACCCAGCUCAAAUCCGACGCCACCAACGACCGCGCCACCAAAAGCCUCCGCCUUUUCCUCCGCUGAUCCUUCCUCAUCUUCCCUCUCACGCACUCCACCCCCCGCUGUCUCCUUCCUUUCUUCCUCUGCGCUUGCGCGUCUGUUCAUGCGCCCGUAGAUCCCCGACGCGACGCGCGGAGGAGCAGCUAGUCCGACCGAGAUGAACUCGACGGCGUACUCGCGGCCGUCCAAGCUGCCGGGCGGCGCCGGCGACAGGAGGCCGCCCACGCGCCUCAGGGGCUUCGCCUCCAAGAUCGAGCCCAAGAAGCUCGGCGCCGGCCUCCUCGCCGGCUGCUGCCUCGCGCUCCUCACCUACGUCUCCCUCGCCAAGCUCUUCGCCAUCUACUCCCCCGUCUUCGCUAGCACGGCCAACACGUCCGGCCUGCUCCAGAACGCCCCGCCGGCGUCCUCGUCGUCGUCGUCGUCCGUCCCGGAGACGACGGACGCCAUCCCGGCGGAAGACACUACAUUCAUCGGCCGCGAGAACGACAACGCCGUGGAUCCCGUCAAUUUCCCGGAGGAGGGGCCUGCGGUGGCCGGCUCUCAAGAUCAAGAACCCGGCGUGCCGGAGGUGCUCUCGAGAAAGGAGGACGAAGCCGAGAAGGCGGCGGCGGCGGCGGCGACGACGACCUCCGUGCCGAAGCCAUCCUCGGAGGGCGCCGCCGGUGGGGAGGGGGCGGCGAAGCUGAGCUGCGACGAGAAUGGCGUGGACGAGGGGUUCCCCUACGCGCGGCCGUCGGUGUGCGAGCUCUCCGGCGACAUCCGGAUCAGCCCCAAGCAGAAGACCAUGUACCUGGUGAACCCGUCGGGCGCCGGUGGCUUCGACGAGAACGGCGAGAAGCGGCUCCGGCCGUACGCCCGCAAGGACGACUUCCUCCUGCCCGCCGUGGUGGAGGUGACCGUGAAGUCGGUCCCGUCCCCGGCGGCCGCGCCGCAGUGCACGAAGAAGCACCGCGUGCCGGCGGUGGUGUUCUCCGUGGCCGGGUACACGGACAACUUCUUCCACGACAACACGGACGCGCUGAUCCCGCUGUUCCUGACGGCGUCGCACCUCAAGGGCGAGGUGCAGCUGCUGAUCACCAACUACAAGCCGUGGUGGGUGCAGAAGUACACGCCGGUGCUGCGCAAGCUGUCCAACUACGACCCCAUCAACUUCGACGCCGACGCCGGGGUGCACUGCUUCUCGGCGGGGUACCUGGGCCUGUACCGGGACCGGGACCUCAUCAUCUCGCCGCACCCGACCCGGAACCCGCGCAACUACACCAUGGUGGACUACAACCGGUUCAUCCGGUCGGCGUACGCGCUCCGGCGCGACCGGCCGUCGGUGCUCGGGGAGGUCCCCGGGAUGCGCCCCCAGAUGCUGAUCAUCUCCCGCGGCGGCACGCGGAAGCUGCUGAACCUGGAGGAGGUGGCGGCCGCCGCGGAGGAGCUCGGGUUCAACGUGACGGUGGCGGAGGCGGGGGCGGACGUGCCGGCGUUCGCGGCGCUGGUGAACGCGGCGGACGUGCUGCUGGCGGUGCACGGCGCCGGGCUGACGAACCAGAUCUUCCUGCCGACGCAGGCGGUGGUGCUGCAGAUCGUGCCGUGGGGGAACAUGGACUGGAUGGCGACCAACUUCUACGGGCAGCCGGCGCGGGAGAUGCAGCUCCGGUACGUGGAGUACUACGUGGACGAGGAGGAGACGAGCCUCAAGGACAAGUACUCGAGGGAUCACGUGGUGUUCAGGGACCCCAAGGCGUUGCACAAGCAGGGGUGGCAGGCGCUCGCCGAGACCAUCAUGAAGCAGGACGUGAAGGUGAACCUCGCCAGGUUCCGGCCCUUCCUGCUCCAGGCCAUCGACAAGCUGCAGGAGUAGCGGCGGCGCCGUACGUCGUCUCCGUCCCCGGCCCGCCCGGGUUGGGGUUGGGGUUGGUGAUGGUAGGUAUAAUACUACUCACGUCACGAUCACAUUCACACACACACACACAGAAACAAACAAACACGACAGGCAAAAAUGCGGGAUAUUGUAAUACUGGUGAUGGAAAAGGUCAUGGUCCGAUGAUGAAGAGAGGAGGGUUCAGAUUGGUUUUGUUGGUUGGUUUUGUAAUACUCGUUUUUGUUUUGGUUGGAUAUAGUGCACUUGCACGCAAGAGGAAUGUUCAUUAUUGUUCUUCAGUAA